GGCUGUGAUAACCAUGGACUGGUGAGGCUCCAGCAGAAUUGCAGCAGUUAAAGGCUGUUCUGACAGUUGGGCUGUAAUGGGGCUGGCCCAGGAAAACACAGGGCUCGAGGAGCAGGGAAGGCUGCAGUCACAAGCCUAGCCGAGUAGAAACACCCAGUGAGGACUGCAAGGAGGACAAGUCUGCAGCCCUUAGGGAGGCUAUCUGCUGCUAAACAGCUCCUGGCCAGGGAUGGCUCCCACAUCCUGGCUGCUAACUGUGAGGGAGGGAGUAGGGCCAUGACAGCAGAGCUGCAGAGGGCUUCCAGAUCCUGCACAGCCAGCAACACCGGAUCCCUGCAAGCACAACGUGUGAGGAAGGCUGUGGUCCUGGCAAAGCAGAGCGGAGACCCCCAACCAGGCCUGCAAGGAGGAGGCUACUCCACUUGUGCUUUCCAGGAGGAUGAGGCCUUGGCCACAGAGGAGCCCAACCCACUGCUGAAGGACUCUUGCCAGUUGCUCGUCUUCCUCCUCCUUGCAGUACUGGCCCGGGUAUCUCUGCUCUGCAUUCCGCCCCCCUCACCUUACACCUACAGGGAUCUGCUGUCAGCAACCGUGAGGCUGUACAGGGAGCCCAGUCUUCUGCAGCCCCUCUGUCAUGGGAGCAAGCAAGCAGUCCUGGCAGGGCAGAGCAGAGACCUUCAGCACUCCCCGCUGGUGAGUGAGAGAGCAGGUCCCACCAGAGCUCCCUACGCUGCUACUGGGCUGAAGAUGCCAGUUACCUGCAGGGGCAAAGAGGGAAGAGAUUUCACAAUCUCUCCAUUCACAACUGAUUCAAUAUGCAAGUUGGCAUACAAUACACAAUGCACUAAUGGCUGGAGAGGGAGACAGAUGUCAGUUACCUCCUGCCUGAAAGGAACAUCUCCAAGGGGAGAAAAUGGAUAA